AAAGAGAUAAGGCGUCAAGGCCGGUAUGCCGAAUUGUGUCAUAGUGUCAUCUCCAUUGUUCACUCUCUUUUUCAGUCGUCGCUUCGGAAGAAUUACAAAUACUCCCUCCCUCUACAGCUCUACUCACUUUGUGGUGAUACCGACGGCCGGGUGGAUGAAACCGUCACCACCUGUUCCCGCUCCCCUUACUUCUGUUCUUUUUUUAUAAAAAGUUGCAAUGGCGACACGUGUCUAUCUACUCUCUACCUCCCCUUGGACUUCCUCCAGACCUCUCGAAAAUUCCAUUACCAAUCACAAUAAGAUUCGCUUAUUGUCUACAUCCACAUUUCUCCCCAAAAUAGAGAAGAAGAGUUUCAGAAGACUUGGAGUCGUUGGUGCGGCCAUGACGGAUUUGCCUCGACCUACCGUCCUCGUCACUGGAGCCGGUGGCAGAACUGGUCAAAUUGUAUAUCGAAAAUUGAAGGAGAGAACUGACCAAUAUGUUGCAAGAGGCCUGGUUAGAACGGAAGAGAGCAAAGAGAAAAUUGGAGGAGCAGAUGAUGUUUUUGUAGGGGAUAUACGGGAUGCUGAAAGCAUCAUUCCUGCAAUCCAAGGGAUCGAUGCUCUCAUUAUUCUAACUAGUGCUGUGCCAAAGAUGAAGCCUGGGUUUGACCCAAGCAAAGGUGGGAGGCCCGAAUUCUAUUUUGAAGAUGGAGCCUAUCCUGAGCAGGUCGACUGGAUUGGGCAGAAGAAUCAAAUAGAUGCAGCCAAAUCUGUAGGAGUAAAGCAGAUUGUUUUGGUUGGAUCUAUGGGUGGAACAAAUCCUAAUCAUCCCUUGAACAGCCUUGGGAAUGGGAAUAUACUGAUAUGGAAGAGAAAGGCCGAGCAAUAUCUGGCUGAUUCUGGAAUACCAUACACAAUAGUCAGGGCUGGGGGUUUACAAGAUAAAGAUGGGGGUAUUCGGGAGUUACUUGUUGGGAAAGAUGAUGAGCUUCUUCAGACUGAAACUAGAACCAUUGCCAGGGCAGAUGUAGCUGAAGUCUGCAUUCAGGCGUUGCAGUUUGAAGAAUCCAAGUUCAAGGCAUUUGAUUUGGCCUCAAAGCCUGAGGGGACUGGUACUCCAACAAAAGAUUUCAAGGCUCUCUUCUCUCAAAUUUCUACUCGUUUCUGAGAUAUGGUGUCCUGAUCAUCAAUUUGGAGCUUACACCAGUCAUUGGCAGCAACAUUUGAAAUUGCUGUAUUUGCAGGUUUCUAGUCAUGAUUCCGCCUUUAAAAUUUUGUAACUUUAGAUGGUCCUAAGUGUUUAGAGAUCAACCUCAUACAUUAAAGCAUGAAGUAGUGAAUAAAACCAGGAUAUUUUAUUUACUCUGAGUUUUUUUCUGCUAUA